AUGGUCCGACGUGGCCAGCUGCAGCGACGGGACCAGCGCGUGCGAGAGGGGCACGUAGUGGCAGUGGGCGCGCGCACUGCCGAGCGAGAGGCGGGAGGCGAGGCUGGAGCCCGACGUCAUCUCAGCUACAGCGGUGGGAUCAGCGCGUGCGAGAAGGGCGGGCAGUGGCAGCGGGCCCUGGCGCUGCUGAGCGAGAUGCGGGAGGCGAAGCUGGAGCCCAACGUCGUCAGCAACAAUGCCGCGAUCAGUGCGUGCGAGAAGAGCGGACAGUGGCAGCGGGCAAUGGCGCUGCUCAGCGAGAUGAGGGAGGCGAAGCUGGAACCCGACGUCAUCAGCUGUAACGCCGGGAUCGGCGCUUGCGAAAAGGGCGGGCAGUGGCAGCGGGCAAUGGCGCUGCUCAGCGAGAUGAGGGAGGCGAAGCUGGAACCCGACGCCAUCGGUUACUGCGCCGGGAUCAGCGCCUGCCAGAAAAGCGGGCAGUGGCAGCGGGCCCUGGCGUUGCUCGACGAUGUGCGGGAGAUGAAGGUGUUGCCAGACGUCAUCAGCUACAGGCUCGCAGUCAAUGCGUGCGAGAAGGGCGGACAGUGGCAGCAAGCUCUCUUCAUGCUCAGGAGCAUGUGCUUGAGAAGGCUCGAUGCGGACUUUAUUGCCUACGGGAUUACAGCUGGAAUGUGCGAGCAGGGCGGACACUGGAGACAGGUGCUGUCAUUACACAUGGAGGUGCGCGGCUUGCUCGCAAUGGAAUGA